AUGAGGAAGAAAACAGAGGUUUCGGGGUUGCGUUUCGAAACGCAGCUGCGGACGCUGAACCAGUUCCCUGACACCCUCCUGGGAGACCCGUCGAGGAGGAUACGGUACUUCGAUCCCCUGCGGAACGAGUACUUCUUCGACCGGAACCGACCGUCCUUCGACGCUAUCCUCUACUACUACCAGAGUGGAGGGAGGCUGCGGCGGCCGGUCAACGUCCCCCUCGACGUCUUCUCGGAGGAGAUCAAGUUCUACGAGUUGGGCGAACUGGCUACCAACAAGUUUAGGGAGGACGAAGGGUUCAUAAAAGAAGAGGAGAAACCACUUCCAUCGCACGAAUUCCAAAGGAAAGUGUGGCUCCUGUUCGAGUACCCCGAAUCGUCGCAAGCGGCCCGGGUCGUGGCGAUCAUCUCCGUCUUCGUCAUCCUCCUCUCGAUAGUGAUCUUCUGCCUGGAAACCCUGCCCGAGUUCAAACACUACAAGGUCUUCAACACCACCACCAACGGCACCAAGAUCGAGGAGGACGAAGUCCCCGAUAUCACGGACCCCUUCUUUCUCAUAGAGACAAUCUGUAUAAUAUGGUUCACGUUCGAAUUGUCAGUGCGGUUCCUCGCUUGUCCGAACAAACUGAACUUCUUCCGUGACGUCAUGAACAUUAUAGAUAUCAUCGCCAUCAUUCCCUAUUUCAUCACGCUGGCGACGGUCGUGGCAGAAGAGGAAGAUACCUCCAACGUGCCUAAAGCCCCCGUCUCCCCGCAGGACAAAAGUACGAACCAAGCUAUGAGUCUCGCCAUACUCAGAGUGAUUAGGUUAGUGAGAGUGUUUCGAAUAUUCAAGUUGUCCAGGCAUUCGAAGGGGCUUCAAAUCCUCGGUCGAACUUUGAAAGCCUCUAUGAGAGAACUCGGCUUGCUUAUAUUUUUCUUGUUUAUUGGUAAGUAA